ACUAGACUCAUCUGGUCAUGAACAGUUUCAUGUGUUUAACUUGUCAAAAUCAUGACAACGUACUUUGCCAUAAAAUAAGUCCAGGAGUGGUGACUGAACUUAACACUGGGCACAUGAGAGCAAAAUAAUAAGUGAAGCAGUGGUAGCUUUGUGUAGCCAUUAUGAAUACGUCUUUGAGCAUGUGCACAACAGGGCGCGAGUGGAACAUGGGGGUUAAAAAUGUGCACGGCCUGUCUUGAACCAGCGCCAACUGACUUGCAUUUAAAUAGCCUCAUUUAUCUGUCGCAGCCACAUUCCUCCCGGCUUCCCGCCAAUGAAUUGGUGCCCAGCCGGUUUACGCAGGAGACGCAUCCCCGAAAUCAACACAGAAGUCCGCCUCCCCUCGACCACAGCGCCAGUGGCAACAAACAAAGCCUCCGCCUCACACUGCCCACUUAAGAGAUCUUCAGCUCGAAUAGGACUCUCUACCGAAACCAGAGAUUGCGGACUGCGUAAUCAAACGUCCGCCGCUCCUCUCUCAAAGCACCUGGACUCCGCCUCCUUAGGUGGAGCAGGUAAUCGCGAGACUGAGGUCAGUCAAAACGCGGAAACAGCAAAGCACAGAAGAAAGUCUUAUCAACAUUCUGAAACCAAUGUCCACAGAGAUAAGAACAUGAGCCAUCCACCCAGGACUCACCGGGGGCAAAGGGACCGUGAGCGUAACGGUGAGCGCACCGGAGGAGUACCCCGAGACAACCGAGAGGGUCGAGGCAGGAGGGACUACUAUGAAGACAGACCACCACCUAGCGACAGUUCAUCACAGCCUCCCUACUAUGACCGCUCACCACCACCUCUGAGACAAACACACAGAUCCACACCUCAAGAAGAGCACCAUGGAUCCAAGUGCACUAACAUAUGUUCGAGGAGAGGUAUAGUGCUGAUCUGUGCCGUCCUGACUAAUGCGCUGGUCCUGGUGUGUGUUGUGGCCGCGCACCUCUCCAUGUCCGGCUUCUCUUCAGCGGGCCUGUCCGGAGGCGGCUUCAGCAUCGACGCCCAGAUCCCCUUUCAGGGCACAGAGCUUCAGCAGGUCCGCGACCUCGACAUGCAGUUCAGCCAAAUGCGCGCACCUGGAGUGUAUGGGGGCGUGGCCUUCAGCCUCACCAUGGGUGUCCUCUCCCUCCUGUUUGUGGUCUCGGGGUCAAAGCCCGCCUACCUACUGGGGAAGAAGCUGCUGGUUAGCCAGUUUCUAUUCCAGCUCAUAGGGGGUGUAGCCUAUGUGGUAGCCGUGGGGCUGUACCUGCACUUUGUGAUCAAAGUCAAUGCGACGGAUGUGUGUCAGCGUCGUGAGCGGCUCUACGCAGGGCGUGGCUUAACCUAUAUGAACUGCAAUGUCGGCGGGGGUGAUGCGGCUGUGGCCCUGUUCGGACUCAUCACAGCUAUUCUCUACGCAGCAGGAACGUACCUCACCUUUGUCACCAUGCGCAACGUAGCACACUACCACAAACGCACACAAGGUCACACAAAUUCACGUUCUCAAAUAUAGAAGGCCUGCAUGAUGGGACAGCCUUAAUGUCUAAUGUGGAUUCGAGAGGAAUGUAAUGAUUCCCAAUGCAAAACAUGCACACAAAAUGUAUUUGAUAACAGAAAAAAUGUACA